CGAGUCAAAAACCGGAAGUUGUCUAGAAGAGCUCAUUUGCAUGAGAGACAAGAAGACAACAACGGGAAAUGAGAGAGAGACUAUGACAAAGAAAUGAACAUGAAUUCCACACAGAGAUAUGGCUAGUAACGAGCCUAGACGACAUGUCCAAAAGAUCAGAUUAACAGUGUUAUGUGCCAAAAAUUUGGCAAAGAAGGACUUUUUCCGUCUUCCUGAUCCGUUUUCUAAGAUAAGCGUUGAUGGAUCCGGACAAUGCCAUUCAACAGACACAUGUAAAAACACGCUAGAUCCAAAAUGGAACCAGCAUUAUGACUUGUAUGUUGGUCUGAAAGACUCCAUUACAAUAAGUGUAUGGAAUCAUAAAAAAAUCCACAAGAAGCAGGGAGCAGGCUUUCUUGGGUGUGUCCAAAUCAAGUCAAAUGCCAUCCAGCAACUGAAGGAUACUGGUUUUCAGCGGCUAGAUCUCCAGAGGAACAACGCUGACGAUAGUGACAAUGUCCGGGGUCAGAUCGUCAUCAGUCUUAUUUCGAGGGAUCGAGGGGGCUCGGGAUCAGGGCCUGUAAACACAGACGCUCCUGCUCUGAUCCCACAAGAUCCCAAUGAACUUCCAGAAGGGUGGGAGGAACGGCGGACGGCAAGUGGACGGGUCCACUAUGUGAACCACAUGACCAGGACAACACAAUGGGAGAGGCCCACAAGGCCAGCCUCGGAGUCUGUGAGGGGAAGUACCUCCAGUAACAGCCUUCAGAGUGCUAACGCACCCAGUAGUCGUCCCAACAAUCGUGUCGUCCCCAACAACAAUAACAACAACAACAAUGAGGACAAUGACUGUUCCAGUAACCCGCCGUUACCACGACGACGUUCCACCAGACAUCGGAACUAUCUCAACAGGUCCCAGCUACACAACGCCAUUGAGCUUCCAGAUGGUUACGAACAAAGAACUACCCAGCAAGGACAAGUUUACUUCUUACACACCAGAACAGGUGUCAGCACGUGGCAUGAUCCUAGAGUCCCAAGGGAUCUGUCCGGAUCAGAAAUCCAGGAUGAGGAGUUGGGGAACCUCCCUGUGGGAUGGGAGGUUCGCCACACGGGGAGUGGGAGGGUGUACUUUGUGGACCACAACAAUAGGACCACCCAGUUCACAGAUCCCCGACUCUCGGCCAACAUCCAAAGACUUCAGACUAGAACGAUAGAAGAGAGUGCACCAGUCCCCAUUAGAAGAAUCAUCGACAAAGAGAAUGAUUCCCCAGUCCCAAAAUACAAACGUGAUCUGGUGCAGAAGCUGAAGAUCCUAAAACUGGAGCUCCAGAACCUACAGCCUCAGGGAGGACACUGUAGGAUGGAGGUCUCCAGGGAGGAGAUAUUUGAGGACUCAUAUAGAACAGUCAUGAAGUUACGAGCCAAAGACCUCAGAAAGAGGCUGAUGGUGAAAUUCAAAGGAGAGGAGGGACUUGAUUAUGGAGGAGUAGCUAGGGAGUGGUUGUACCUGCUGUCCCAUGAGAUGCUGAACCCGUACUAUGGCCUCUUCCAGUACGCUAGGGACGAUAUUUAUACACUGCAGAUCAAUGCAGACUCGGGAGUCAAUCCUGAACACUUGUCCUACUUCCAUUUUGUGGGCCGAAUCAUUGGUAUAGCAAUAUUCCAUGGUCAUUACCUAGAUGGGGGGUUCACGUUACCAUUCUACAAACAAUUACUUGCCAAAUCCGUGACCCUUAAUGACCUUGAGAACGUGGACCCUGAACUUCACAGGAGUCUGGUCUGGUUACUAGAGAACAAUAUUGAGGCAGUGCUAGAUCAUACAUUUUCGGUGGAACACAAUUCCUUUGGUAAAGUUCAGGAGUAUGAGCUGAAGCCUGGAGGCAGACACAUUAAAGUCACUGAGGAGAAUAAGCCAGAAUAUGUCAAAUUAUAUGUACAGUGGAGAUUUAUGAGGGGCAUUGAAGCUCAAUUUUUAGCCCUGCAGAAAGGUUUUAAUGAAAUCAUUCCACAACAUUUACUGAAGCCUUUUGAUGAAAGGGAACUUGAGUUAAUGAUUGGUGGACUGGGAAAGAUAGACCUGGAUGACUGGAAGAAGCACACUCGGUUAAAACACUGCACCACAGAGAGUAACAUCGUCAAGUGGUUCUGGCGUUCUGUGGACGAGUUCGACGAUGAGAUGAGAGCCAGGCUGCUUCAGUUUGUUACAGGAAGCUCUCGUGUUCCAUUACAAGGCUUCAAGGCCUUGCAGGGUUCUACAGGAAAUGCAGGCCCAAGACUGUUCACUAUUCAUCAGGUGGAUGCUAACACUGACAAUCUUCCAAAGGCACACACAUGCUUCAAUAGGAUCGACAUACCACCGUAUGAAAAUUAUGAGAAACUGUAUUCCAAGUUAACUUGUGCAGUAGAGGAGACUUGCGGGUUCGCUGUAGAGUGAUCAGGAGUGUGACCUUGAAAGUGACCUCCAUUUGACCUUGAGUGUGACCUUCAGUUUGACCUUGAGUUGGAUCAGUAUCUGGUGCUGUAUAACGCGUUGUGAUGGAUCAGACUGACUCUGACAAGUUCAUAGUUUUACUAGUUCCGUUUUAUGCCUCUAUGUUAAUGUAGUCUAUGUAAUCUUCAAUGUUUAAUCGAGUGGAUGUCACUUUUAUUACAAAAAAAAAAUUAGUUUUUGUAAGUGUGAAAAUGAAUGUGAACUUCAGUAGUCCUGGUUAUUGAUAUAAAAGUUAUUCAACAGUAUUUUUUUCUUCCCAGUAUAAGCUUUUUUGGGGAUAUUGAAUUGAAUGUGUAUAUGGAAGUACUUGGGGGCCAUUUCAAGAGUAUUUUUCUUUGUUGAUACAAGAUACUUCACAAUUGCUGUCAUACUGAUUGCCCAGAAUACAAAUUCAUUCUUUGAUUACAUGCUAGUCAGACCGUAUUCUUUCCAGUGUAAAUUUACCAAAUGUCCCAAUGAACAUAUUUGUGAAUUAUUUUGUAAACCCCAAAAUGUUGAUAAUUUAAUUUGCCUGUGUAAAUAUAUUACCCCUUCAACUGUACAGUGUUCUUGUAUGCACAUCUAUCUAUAUCCACUGUGUUGAGAUCAUGCAUGUACAUGGAAUAUUUGAUUUUUAUUUCAAGAUUCUACUGUCAGUAUGGAGAAAGUGAAUUUCAAGAAAAAUGGUGGUUUUUACUCAAACAUGUAUGAAUGUUGUAUAUUUUACUUGAAAUGUAUGUAAUGUUUCAUGUCAUUUUUUUUCUUCAAUGGAUAGAAAUGACUUCUAUCUGAUUACUGUGAUUUUUAGCGAAUACAUGACAUAUGUUUGUACAAACUUUCUUAGACUUUGUGAGUCAGAAGGCAUUGAGUAUUGUUAUAGCAGAUGGUUGUGAAUGCAAUGCAUUAAGUGUUUCAAAUUGGAUGAAAAUGGGCAAAUGUUUUCCCCUUUUUCCUGUAUUUUAAAAUGAUUAUAAUAUUACUGCAGUGGAGCUGGCUUUCAUGUCUGAAAUUUCUAAAUUUAGAACAAGUUCUUGAGCAUUAAUAUUUCUUUGGAGAACUGGUUGUGAUUUUAUUAGACAAUUGUAUCAACACAAAAUUAUUUAUAAAAUCAGAUGAUUUUUACUUAAAACAACUGUAAUAUGAUUUUCAGUGUACAGUUAAAAUUGCAAUGGGCAUUGUUCUCACCAGCACUUCUUAGAAACUCUCCUUUGCAUUGAAAAUUUCUUUGUAAAAUUAUUCAAAAAACCGUCCAGCAUUGGAUCCUUAACCUUUUUCUUUGCAAAAAAAAGUCUCCACAUAGUUUUGUACAGAACUGUGAUAUAGAUUUCGUCUUUGUAACUGCCAUUGGCAUAUUUUCAGAAUUGUCAGAUAAUUUCCUUAUUCAAUGUCAGGGAUUAUAUGCAGGGAGAGAGCACUUUUGAUUCACACAAAUAAAGUUUGUUUAUCUUACAUUUUUCAUAUCUGAUUAAAUGUUUACAUUAGAAAAAAAAACCAAAAAGAGAGAUAAUUUUUCUAUCCAGUUUCCAGUGUAUUUUUAACAGUGAUAUGUGUAUUUCCUACUAAGACUUGUAAAUGUAUAUUUGGAUGUAUUUUUUUGUAAUAUGUAUAAUUUUAAAAUAAUUUAACAAAUAACACUAGAAUUUGUAUUUUCCAUGGGGAAAACUAGUAUGGGCUAAACAUACAGUGCUUUAGGUUAUGAUUAUUUACAAAUUAAAAAAGAAAGCAUUGAAUAAGACUAACAUAUAAUUUAGACCAUAUAGCUUACUCCAUUAGAGAGGUGGUUUUUGAGACAUGGUUGUGAUGAUUGAGGACAUUUGAAAGUUUUUAAUCCUUUUCCUUCCUGUUUUUUUUUUUCAAGUAACAUUUUCCAUGCAUAAGAUAUUUAUUCUUAUGGCAUAAUUUUCAAAGUUACAAUGGUGAAUAUACAUUUUUUCCUGGUGAAAAAAUCAAAGAUAUUUUAGCUAAAUCAUAGCAGUUAUGAUGUAUUUAUUAAUAUUCAAAUUACAAUUGUUGUACAUACAUGUUGAUCAAUGCACUUUCCCCAUAAACUGUACUUUCGACUAUUUUAUAGAUAACUAGCAUUAUAUAUUUACAUUUCUACCAUAAACACAAAUCAUCUUUUAUCUCUCACUAAACUGCAUGUGUUUUUAUCCCUUCAGUUGAAUGGUCACAAUCCUCUUCUCCCUAUUUGCUGUAAGUCUUUAAAAAGAUUUUUACGUAAUUGUGUUGACUGUACACGUGCCUUCAUCAAUCAAAUUUACAAGUGUGUUGAAUGUGGUUAUGUCUGAGUAAAGUUGGCAGCACAACGUGAUUCUUUUUCUGUUAUUAACAGACCAAACAUGUACUAUAACAGUAGUAUCCUCAUCAGUUGUAUAAAAAUAAAAACUUUUCAACAAGCAAA